ACGACUAGUAGCUUUGCGACAGUUGUACAAAGCGGAAGUGUCAGGCGCUGUUGUUUGUCAAGAAUUAUUUCUUUGUCACGUAAAUCAAACAUAAAACAAAUGACCUUUUAUGUAACGUAAUCGGUGAGUGUCGUACUAGCUUUGUGAUGAAGAUGACAGCAAGCACAAUAACGACAGCUUUUCUUCACACUCCUACUACGUAGCUUAGCAAAUGUAGCCUGAACAGAAUGUUAGUUUUGUUCACAUGCUAGCAGCCGUUGACUUUAUUACUGGAUAAACGUGUCACUUUCAAGUAUUCGGACUCCAUUUCAACAAACAAUGUGGCUACAGCAACGACUGAAGGGGCUACCUGGCUUGUUAUCUAGCAGUUGGGCUAGGCGACUUCUCAUCGGACUGCUCGUCUUCUUCAUUUUCUACUGGUACCUUGGAGCGGAGCGCAGUUGGAGGUUCUUUCGUGGCUCGGGCAUGCCCGGCGGGGCGGUUGGACUGUGUCUUCAGGCGGAAAUCCACAGGUGGAAGUAUCUUGUGGAACGUGGAGAGGGUUUAUACAGCACAUCUCAGGAACAACUUGACACACCCUUUGUAUCAGGUAACGGCCAUAUUCUUAUUGACACUGACUCUAACAAACUCUGGGUCGCGUCAUCUUCACAGCCCGGUUCAGCUCCGGUCCAUCAGACAGAAUUUUCCCCAUUAGUUGGUGUUCACCCCCAGGGGAAGCAGACGGAAGCACGGGCUACCAUGAUGUGGUUCCGGAAAGGAUCUGUGUUGUCAGUCCGCUGUGUCUCACCUGCGGCGGCGCAGUCAGCCCGGGGCUGUGUCACCAUCAGAGAGGAGUUUAUCGCCCACAGGAGUCGACACAACGUCUAUCUUCAGAGAAUCCACAUUAACAACCCUUCUGACAAGACAGCUACCUUUGAGAUCGCCUCCAAACCCAUGGACUUCGGCAGCAAGUUCUCCACCAGCUUAGACAAAGUGGAGGACAAAGACAUAGUCUUCUCUUCGGGGAGAGUGCCUUUAGAGAAGAACCGGAUGGUGCUGGUGGUUGUGGUCACCAAGAAGCUCAACAGCAGAAUCCAGGUUUUUCCCAACACUGAGUACACAGACAAUAUUGUGUCUGUGGUGAGGACUUCAGAGCCUAUCGAGCCCUCAAAGCUGGAGGAGACCUUUGUGAGCCUCCGCGAUGGAGCCAAAAAAGAGCUGGGAGAGCUGCUGAAGGCUACUGUGGAUGAUCUGGUCAUAGAUCACCAACAAGCCUGGAUGGACCUCUUCAUUUCAGGUGUGGAAAUGAGGAAGAUCACCGACUCGCACACGCCAUCGAGCCGCACGGUAAAUGCCACUCUCUACUACAUCCUGGCGUCCUCAACGGCUCCCUUGUUGGAGCGGAGGCUAAGCAGUGAGGAUCGCGCCCGUCUGGAAUCCAGCCUCAACUAUGCUGACCACUGCUUCAGCGGCCACGCCACCAUGCACGCCGAGAACCUGUGGCCCGAGAGGGUGAGCAGCACUGCUCAGAUCCUGCAACUGGUCACGCUUUGGACUCUGACUUUGCAGAAGAGAGGCUGCAAGGUGCUGGUGGCAGCCGGGGCGCACGGAGCCAUGCAGGGCAUGGUGCUCAGCUUUGGGGGACUUCAGUUCACUGAAAACCACCUCCAGUUCCAGGCUGAUCCAGAUGUGCUGCACAACAGCUAUGCCCUGAGGGGGAUCCAUUACAACCAGGACCUCAUCAGCCUGGCUGUUCUGUUGGAUGUGGAGGGCAAGCCUUUCCUUCACGUGUCCGUCAAGCCGCAGGAGAAGCCCGUCAAGCUGUACGCCUGCGAGGCGGGUUGCCUCAACGAGCCUGUAGAGCUGACGUCAGAAGUGAAAGGUCACACAUUCCCCGUUAUGGUGACCCAGCCCAUCACCCCGCUGCUCUACAUCUCCACGGACCUGCGCCACCUGCAGGACCUGCGCCACACGUUGCACCUCAAGGCCAUCCUGGCCCACGAGGAGCACAUGGCCAACAGGUACCCGGGUCUGCCCUUCCUCUUCUGGUUCAGUGUAGCCUCGCUCAUCACGCUCUUUCACCUUUUCCUCUUCAAGCUCAUUUACAAUGAGUACUGUGGUCCUGGCGCCAAGCCUCUCUUCAGGAGCAAGGUAUGAUGAAACUGAACUGCAGGAUAAAUCAUUGAAAAUCUUUUUUUUUUUUUUUUUUUAGUUGUGUGUGAGUGGUGGCAGCACAGAUCGAGGCAUUUCCCAUCUUACAAGUGUGUUGCUGCAGAGCCCUUUGCUCCAUUCUUCAGUUCCUCAGCUCAACCUACAAUCAGAUUGUUUUUGUUUGCUAUCUGUUUAAAUGCACUUUGUGUACUUCUCAAAAUAUCAUAUGGUGACAAAUCGACAGUAGCAAUGCUAACCUGGACGUUAACACCACCUCCUUAAAAAAGGACCGUUCCAGGAUUUUAGCAUUAACAUUAAAUUGUUUUCAUUAAAAUCAAGAAGGAUCUUAAAUGGGAGCACAAGUUAUUGGUUGAUAAGGUUCACUAUACAUUUAUUUAAUUCUGCAGUUUUGAGUUGGGAGAUCCACAGUGUUUUCAAGUCGCCUCGCUGUGAGGUUCUAUCAGAUUUUGCGUGUAAGAGGCCUUGGAGUCAUAGCAAACAUAGCAGAUGCACUUGAAGCAUGCGACUUGUAAGUGAACUAAAGUGCCCGUUACAGUCAAGAAACGAGCAAACUAACCUGAACCACAACUGUCCAUGAAGUUAUUUAAUGACGUCUUGGCCUUCUUAAUCCACCUGGAGAACAGGAUAUUAUAUGUAUUGCAGGCUAAAUUCAUUUCCAAUUGGAGUCAUGACCUAAUAUAAUUUUCUUUUCCGUGGCACUAUUGUUUCAGCAAGUUACAUGAUGCAUUCUGACUAAGAUUACUUUCACUUGGAAAAUGAAAACCACGUGGGAACGCGCAUGACUGCAUAGUGAAAGUGUUAUACAUUUGUUGUCUAUGUAAAAUGGCUCCAUGUUGAGGCGUCCUUACAGAACUUGUGUGUACCCGCUGGCCACUUUGCUACAACUCUCUGGAUUGAUUUCUUUCCUGUGUGUUGAUGUUUUAUAAUGAUUCACUCAAUUAAAUUAACAAGAAAUCACCUGAUUGGUCUUGUCUCUUGUUUGGCUUUCUCAUCACUCUUUGCCAUCAGAUCAGAUCUCCCCCUCUUGCUUAUUCAGCGGGUCUCCAGCAGUCACGGCGGCUGAUUGAAAAUGUACUGUUCUAACACGUGUAGCAUCCAUCAAAUCAAAUGAACGUGUACACCAACUGGCCACAGCAGUAUCACCACAUUCAUUAGCUGGUGACAUCCACUCAGAUUUUGCUAGCGUACCUCAUGUUGUGGCUGGGCGGAGUACGUCGACAUUUUUUUUUGAAACCUUACACAAUGGAACCUUGGUUAGUGUCAUUCAUUCAUGAAAGAAGGUCCGACUCUAAAUGAAACGGAAGUUAACGGAAUCAAUUUUUCCAAUGAAUAAUAGAAAUCCAAUUAAUCCAUUCCAGAAAGACAAAAAUGAACACUAGAUGUUUUUGUAAAGUGCAGAAAACCAUUUGAAAUGCAUAUGAAUACAUUUCAAUGAUGAUGAAAGGGCUAAAUGAACAUUUAACGUUACUUUUGCUGUCGCCGAAGGCGUGAUUCUUAACAUGACUAAAAAGGGGGAGGCGGCGGUGGUUUUCGCUGCCACUUAGUGUCUCUGGGAACAGUCACGUCUUCAAUGAAAGUAAAAGUAACAGUAAAUGUUCAUUUAUCCCCUUCAUCGUUUAUGUGUAUUUAGAAUUUUAUGCAUGUAAAACUAUAAAAAUGUGUUUUGUGUUCACAUUUUUGACAGUCAACAGUUGAUGACAGAUGGAGGACGCAACGUAGCUGACCUACAGUUCCCAUUUUGUUUAGCUAGCUAAUAGGAUGCUAACAAGGAAGGACGUUUUGUGAUUUAAAAAAUGCAUGCAUAAUGUCAAAAUAGUUAAUGCAUUUUAUGGCCUUGUUAACAUCCUAUUGGCUUGCUACUGCAUGGACACAGGAAGUAGAGGUCAGCUCUGUCGCCGGUCUAUGAUGUCAACAGCAGUUGACUUAAACACAUUUUUAUAGUUUUGCAUGCAUAAAGCAAUUUGAAAUGCAUAUGAUGAAUAAAAGACAAAAUGAACAUUUAAGGUUUCCCUCAAGGUUUCUUGAUCAAAUGCUGGCACUUGCAACUUUCUUUGGCUCCAUUUUGAGUUAUUUUGCAGCCGUGAUGAAAAGAAAUGCAGAGACUUGAGAAACACUGCUGAAUUCAAGAAAUGACUCAUGGCAAAACACAAAGGUGGUGCCCCGUGUUGAUCUCGCUACCACAUCGCUGUCUUUGUCAACAAUCACGUCUUCAAUUAGGGUGCAAGUGACGUUAAAUGUUCAUUUUUCCCUUUCAUUCAUUUAUAUGCAUACAUGCAUUUUGAAUUGUUGUCUGCAAGUCAAUACGCCGGUGUAACUAAAACCUUAACCCUGGAAAUCAUUUUCUACUGUCCUUUACUGCCUUGAAUAAUCAGUAUUUAAUUUCAACUUCACACGCAAAUCCAAAAAUAUUCUGUUUAAUAAAAUGCAUAAAAAAAACACGCUCAAAUUUAGAUUUUUUUUUUUAACUGAAGAGUUAAACUCCCUUAAUGCAUUAUGAACACUGACAGAAAUGCCUGGACUCAAACCCCUACAACAAAACCGCAAAGCUUGAAAAUAUUUCCGCCACCGCUUGAAAACAUGACCUGCAGCAAUGUUAUCACUAGCUAAUAACAAUAAGAGUAGUGUACAAGAUAUGGUGAAGGAUUGAGGGUUUGUAGGUACACAAGCACAUGAACACAUGAACCUAAACAGACAAACACAAGUUGAUACUCUUUAAAAUGAAAACAUAAUUCAGUGUUUCAACAUUUUGAGGGAGUCAGGCCUGGAGUACUCUUCUAAAAACUUGAUACACUUUAGUAGUUGACAGCAAAUGAUGGAUUAACCUUUCUACCGCUCUGAGAAAAAGACUUCUUGAAGGCAGUUACGUACGAUGAAUCAUUUAAGUAAGGCUCGUGGGGAUAAGCUGCAGUGUUUGAAGAUGGACGUAUGGAUGACCUGAGCUAAAGAGUGUGUGGGAUGAGCUAUAAGUCUUUGAGCAUGCUAAUUUGGGCAGCAAUCUUUAGCGCGGGGCCCAGUUUGAUGUUCAUAGCCCCCACGAGAUGGUCCUCCUUCAGCAGCAGCAGAGCCUGACCGUCGAUCUCUUGAGAACGAAAACCCUCAGCAAUCUCCAGACAACCUGCAGGCAUGGAGAACAUGGAGUUUACAGCACAGCUGCGCACGCCGAUGGUCCAAAGUGUCUUCAUACACUUAAAAUCACUUGGGCGUUGCGCACCUGGCAGAGAGCAGAUAAAUACGUAAACAUCGUCCACGUUCCACUGGCCGGGGUUACUAGGUAGAAAGUCGAAAGGCGUUGUGCGCUCUUCAGAAUCUUGCACUUGAGGCACCCGCUGGCUGGCCGAGACGGGGGAUGGGGCUCGAUUAUAGCUGGUCAAGUCUGAACAUUGGCUGGAUUCUCCCUGUGCAGGGUGAGUCACGUGACCAGCAGACUUCUGCACACAGGCAGAGGUCUGGAAACACAGGCGUGUCAUCGACACAGCUUCUUUAGUCACAAAAUAUGACUGAUCUUUAACGUCAGUUAACGCAAAAGUGGAAUUGAAGGCAUGACAUAAAAGACACUGUGGAAACAUAAAUCAUCUGACUCAAGCCCCACCUUGUUUUUCGACUCCAAAUUGUAGUUUUUGUGGUUUUCAUUCAGUGUUCUUUGUUUCUUCGUGUCCUCCACGGUAGCUUUUGGGAAGAGACCCAUUCUUUUUGUGCAUCCUACAUUGUAUCUACGAGAAAAAAAGUGGAAACAAGCUUAGCUCAAACUCAAGUCUCUUAAUGUGCUUUUUAGAUUACAGCCUUCCCUCGAUCACGGCUUUUCAAAAAUAUAUUCAUUAUUAAAUCAUCAUGAAUAAGGCCUAUUUUUAGUCAGAUAUGUAUAUUUAAGCACAUUUUAUGUUAUGUUUCUUAUGUUCUUAUUCUUUCAUUUGUUUUAUUUCUUUUCUUGGGAGAAUGAACAGAAUAAGAUUUUCAUUGCAUGGUAUAACUGCUGUUUUACUAUGCACAUGACAAUAAAACUCUCUUGUAUCUUGUAUCUCUUGUACGUUUUGCCUAAAUUAAGCAUUUUCAAGCUUAAAAAAUGGCUAAAUGAACUAAAAUACCAAUAUAAGGCAUUCAGAAGACACAUUUAAAGACGCUGGGAUGACGUGUCGUAUUCUACACUAGUCACGAGGUGUAGUUAUGUUACUGUGAUGCUUGGUGAGACAUACAAGCACCAGACCUGAUCGCCGGAAAACAACAGGCCUUUAUUGCAGGUUUGAAUGAUCUCAAAACAUGCACAAUAAAGCCUAACACAUGCUAUUGUUGCGUCCGUAACCCACGGCAACUAACAAUCAGCUUAUUAUUAUUAUAUAUUUAUUACAAUUACAGCAACACACAUGAGCCUUAUUUAUGUAUUAGAUUGCUUAUUUUCUGUUAUUAUGUAUACGAUAUUGGGUAAUGUGUGUUUAAAGGUGAAUAUGAGUCAGGGAUGCCCCGAGCUGUAUUUUGAAGAUUGGACAAUAUCGGCUUCCGCCACGAGAUCGGGCCGAUCCGGUUGUCGUAUAACGUUCGUAAAUCUGGGCCGCACUCCAACACGGUAGGUGCGACAACCCGUAGCUUCAGCGGUAGUUCCCCCUCAAUGUGCCCGGACUGCUGUGUCAUGGUGCGGGGAGCUCGCACGGAAGUGCUGCCCUAACUGCUGGUUGUUUAUACUAGGGACCAUCAAUAAAUUACGAUUGCGUUGAAGAGUUUGUAAAAAAAAAAAAAAAGUCAUAUAUUCUAAAUCACACCACAAAUUAAUUAGUGUCAAAUGAAAGUAAAAGUAUUUUGCACGCCCAUUUUUCCAAUUUGAACUUUUAUUGAAUGGACUUUUAUCGGAUCUUUUAUUGGAUUAGGACCCUGACUUAUAAAGAGGUUUGUUACAAAAGCCAAACAAUAUUGUUGGUCAUGCUGUAAAGUAAAUUCAGCAAUACUUUGGCUGCAUUAUUUUUAAUGAUUUGAAGAGCUAUUUUCAUAACUAUAUUCAAUUGUACGAAUUCAUGUUUAUAUCAAAUGCUUAUUAUCUUUUUUUAAAAAGCACAUCGGUACCGGAUUUGAUGGGAAAGACAAUGAAAAAAUUGGACCAGAUGCCAAAAAAUGUGGAUCGAGACAUCCCUAAUAUGAGUGUUGUUUCAUGUCUAAAGCGCUCUAAUGUUAAAAAACGUAUUUAGAAGGUCAUAAACAGGUUUUCUAUGCUCUAGCUAUGAAAAUACUCCAAUUACAAAUAAAGGAAUCCUACUUCGUGGAAAUUCACUUUCAUUCUACUUCACUCUUGAAAUUCAAGAUCGCAACUGGAAGUAAUUAACCGCAAUAUGCGGGAUACUACUGCAUACCCACAAAGUGACAAUAGCUAAUGACAUAGACAAGGUUUAAUCCAGCAUUAUUAAUCAGCACUAGUACUACAGUUAGGUAGUAACAGCACGAUGGUGGACCCGAUGGCUCUCUGGAGUUAGAAAAAUAACUUUGUGGCAGCCAUUUCCAUGGGAGGAAGCAUCUUAGUUCAACGUUUAAAGUUGGGAUAAUAACUGGUUUUAACACACAGUUGUGAGACAGGAGGGAAGGCGACUAAAAAAAGAUUAAUUGUCCUUACUAUCCACACACAUUCCUCCAAGUGGCACAGUCUGGAACAGUAAACUUGGGACGUGGCAUGUGUUCCUACCGCAGGAAAUGUAGGCGGGAGAGUCAACAGCUGAGUCCUGCCGUAAUUCACACUUUUUUUUUUUUUAAAUAGCACAUUUUGUAUGCUUCCUGUUGUUGCUCCACCCUACCACUACCAUGCCAUACCACCGUGUCUUAUGUAUGCUGGAAUUGGUACAGAUCUAUUAUUUUGGCACCUUUCUACAAUGGAAAGGCAACCAAAAAUAUCUGAACCAUAACACCAUUUGGAGAUGGGGCUCAAGACGUGUAGUCUGACGUCAGACAGAGUUCCGCAUUGCAUAUUACCUUUUAGCACAUACUGUUGAACAGAACCUCUUGGACCUUCUGAAGACAUAUGCAAAGUCCACCUUGCCACAUAGCUCACAGGUCAGCGUGGGCUCUUGCUGAGACUUUAAAUCUGAGAGCAGAAAAGACAAUGAGACAUAUGCACAAAGCAAAGAUGCACCGUUAUUACUGUGUAGCCCGUUUUCUUGUCUCCAUUAGCACAAUUAUUUGAAUUCCAGUUAAUGUCCCAUUGUGCUCGUCUGUGCUCGUUUCAAAAAAGCCGCAAAUGCGGAUGCAUCUGAAGGUGUGCUGGUAGGCACGAGAAUGUCAAUCAUUUUAACAACUUGGGUUAUGACUGAGACAAGAGUUCCAGGUGAGACGCACUGUGUUUACGCUGGAUAACCAAUCAAUAAAUCACUUUACCCUUUGGUGAGAGGCCGUUCAUCCUUGAGUCGGACGUGUGUCUCCUGAGGCAAUCUACUGAGAAGGAAGGACGUUCCACCUGCAGACAGGAAAAAGAAAUAACUCUACUUGCAAAUGGUACCAUUCUUAAUCAUCCAAUAUUCAUGUUUCACAAAAAAAAAAAAAAAAAAAUUUUUUAAGUACAUACACUCCAAUUCAGCCAAGAUUUUGUCGCUUUUUUAACAUUUUGAACAUUUUUUUUUGCUUGUGCUCUUCCUGAUUUAGUUUUUUUUUGGCAUGUUUGUCAAACUUAAAUGUUUCAGAUCAUCAAACAAAUUGAAAUAUUAGUCAAUGACAACACAACUGAACACAAAAUGCAGUUUUUAAAUGAAACUUUUUCUUAAGGAGAAUGGGCAUGUGUGAAAAAGUGAUUGCCCCCUAAAGCUAAUAACUGGUUGGGCCACCCUCAGCAGCAACAACUGCAAUCAAGCGUUUGUGAUAACUUGCAAUGAGUCUCUUACAGUGCUGUGGAGGAAUUUUGGCCCACUCAUCUUUGCAGAAUUGUUGUCAUUCAGCCACAUCAGGGUUGAGUUUUAGCUUGGCGUGUGUUAAGACUGCAACAGUAGCCUCUUGUUUUUAUUAGGGAUUAUUGUUGUGAGAUAAUUCAAACCUGCAAUAAAAGCCUGUUGCUCCGGCAAUCAAGUCUGUGUCUCACCGAACAUAACAGUAACAUUACUGACACCUAGUGACCAGCGGAGAGUACUACAUAUCGCAUCUUUUGAAUGCCUUAUAUUUGUAUUUUAGUUUAGUUUAGUUACUAUGCUUGAAAAUGCUCAAUUUAGCAAAAAAUAUGUACAUUUUGCUGUUGCUUUUCCCUCACUAAUAAUAAGCCAUAUUCAACCACAAAACGGCAUGAUUUAUUAAUACAGUAUAUAUUUGAAAAACAGUGAUAGAGUGAAGCCACAAAAUUCAAAAGCACAAGAGCACUUUUUGGAGUUCUGCUGAAUACACAUUAAACGCCACCACAUUCAAAAACGGCACGUUCUCAGUAGUUACCAAAAGCACUUUUAAGAUGUCUAAAUUCCCGCAUCACGGUCAGAUUUUGGCCAACACACCUCCAGCACACUGCUGAGACUUAUUUAAAACGUGUCACCUUUAAUACUGACCAUAGUGUAUCAAAAAUGGUGUGUUUGCGAGUUAGUGACUUGAGAGGCACGUGACGUGCAGCAUACUCACCGGAAAAGGCUCAGCACCUUCCUGGAUAACAAAGCCUUCUAUUAAAUGGGUCAGGAUGUGGGACUUAACUAGGGAUUGGAUUGGCUUGCUCUGUCCUCUGUGUUGGCUACUGUUUGUGUUACCAUUCCCAGGGGUCAUGACUGGAGCACCAGCUGCCCCUCACCUACCAACACAGACAUCAUUGCAAAAGCUGUUAGUUAGUUAGACAUAUAAGGAGGAAACAGAACCUUUCAUGAUCUGAAUGUACGCUGCAGUUGAACGCUCAAUUCACGUGAAUGCACUGGUGAUACAGAAUCUGCAUCAACAGCUUUACGUGACUGUUUUCAUUCAGAUUUACAUAUGAAAAAUGCCUUUCUUAAUCUACCAGGAAGCAAUGAUUAGGUGAGUGUUUUGGGGUUGUUUUUUUGCUGUGAAACCCAGCAUAUUUUUAAUUGCAUGUACAUGGUGUACUUUCUGCCACUAUUCGAAUAUGUAAACAUUUGUCUGUGUUGCAGUUCUUUCCAGAUUCAGUUGUGUUUAUUUAGAGUGGAACUAGCGGAAGACAUCAGUCGUUAGUUGUCGUCACGAAUAAACCUACUAGUACACAAAUGUAUGAAAGAAGUAUAUGAGCUAGCGUUCUGUCCCACCGGUGUUAAUAUGUUUACGAGGUUUGGCUAGUCGCAUGUGCGGUCUCCUAAGAGCUCCACUGCAUUAAAAGUCGACAUUUCCAUGGCUGUGUCACUUGAGAGGAUGCAAGGACUCAGGAGUUGGCUUACUAUUCCCGUCCGAACCCACCUUUGGACCACUUGGAAAAGAGGCGCUCUCCGGGCAAAACAAUGGUGACUUCGAGCGAAGAAGACCCUUUGUUCAAGUGCUGAGACCGACGCUUCAUUCACUCACCGUCCCCCCGCCGCCAAAACAGCCGCCAAAGCUAAAAGGCACAUCACUUCAUAGCUUCUAACUGUUCAUAGCUCCAAGCGAACUAAAAUACAACAUGUACGCAACUCUUUAAACACUCCACAAGCACAACACUUCUUGUAGUUCAGGCAGUGUGCGAUGGAGGUGGGCGGAUCGAUUCAAAUAUCGAUAUUAUUGAUAUUAAAGCAGUAUCGUUGUCGGAUCGAUACUAGCUCGUUGAGAUCGAUAUUUUCCCGUUUUCUGACAUGUUUAUUUUCACAAAUAUGUGCUUGUUUUGUUGUGUUGUUCAACUAUACUGACUA